CGAAAGGUGUCAAUAUUGUCAAGUUGGGACCUAAGUUGGAAGAACUAAAUGGUGAUGAUACUGGAAUUAACUUCACUGAAGAGUUUUUACUUAGCUGCCCGGAGGUCAAGAAGGAUGGUGAAUGGUAUGAAUUCGAUAAACCUACUUUUAUUAAGCGUGUUUUAUCAUUCUUUGAUCCUAACCUGGACAGAAACAAGAAGUACUUGAAAGAGAUGAGGAGAAGAGCUAGAAAAGAACAAAAGGACAAAAAAGGGAUAGACCCGGAUGACAUGGCGUUUACCCCAGACUUCUAUUUAUCUUGACAGCCCACUGGUUUGAGUCUUUUUGGGGUACCUUCUUCACGCCUUUUUAUUUUAAAUGGUUAAAAUUCUUGUUUGGAAUGUCCGAGGUUUGAAUAAAACCUCAAAACAUAAUUUAAUUGCUAGUUAUAUUGUUGCAAAUAAUGUGAGUUUGUGUUGUUUUCUUGAAACAAAAAUGACCACGGCUAAUUUUAAUAACUAUGUUUUAAAUAAAUGGCCGGGGUGGGUGUGUGAAACUAAUUUUAAUAAAAUAAAUGGUGGCCGUAUGGCGUUGAUGUGGAACCCGAAUGUUUUAAAUUGUGUUUUUAAUGCGGUGGAGACACAAUACAUGCACCUUAAAUGUGUGUGUCGUAUCUCCCAAAUCAGUUUUUUAGCUACCUUGGUGUAUCCGUUAUAUACCGCUUUGGAGCGUAAGGCAUUAUGGGAAGAACUUGCUAUCCUAGGGGAUGGUUUUACCGAACCUUGGGUUAUAGCUGGGGACUUUAAUUGCGUGUCUGCUCCAAAUGAAAGGGUGGGGAGUACCCCACCUACGGCAUAUAUGAUGAAACACUUGUUUGAUUUUAAAGUUCAAGCUAGCCUAGAGGAUGCACCUUCUACGGGUGAAUUCUACACGUGGAAUAGAGGUGCACUUUGGGCAAAGCUUGACCGUGUGUUGGUGAAUGAUAUUUGGAGUCAAAAUGGCUUAAAUAUUACGACCCAUUUCCAUGAAAUGGAGGUUGAGUUUGAUCAUACGGCCUCCGUAAUAUCAAUACUUAAUAAUUCCUCUUUAAGGCCUAAACCUUUCAAGUUCUUUAACAUGUGGAUUAAACAUCCCGAGUUUGCUAAUUUAGUAGCGCAGAGUUGGAGACAUGACAUUGAUGGCACGGCACAAUACUCGAUGGUAAGGAAUCUUAAGUUGCUCAAAAGGCCACUUAAAGAACUAAAUACCAAAGAGUUUGGCCACAUUUCAAAUAAGGUGAAGAGAGCUAAAGAAGAUUAUAAGAGAUUACACAAACUUGCUCUCCAGAAUCCGUUGGACGAGGAUAACCGGAGCCAGUUGAUGGAAGCUAGGAAAAGAGCAAAGUUCCUUACUGAGGCUGAAACUAGUUUCUACCAACAAAAGGCGAAGGCAAUCCACAUUCUUGAAGCGGACAAAGGGACAAAGUACUUCCAUGCGAUUAUGAGGAAGAAGACUACGAAGAAUACCAUUUCUUCUAUCACGCUCGAGGAUGGUAGCCUCACUACCUCUCUAGAACAAGUUGGAAAUGAAUUUGUAAAUUUUUUUGUUGAUUUGUUUGGUACCUAUUCCGAGUGCCAACCCUUAGACCAUGCGGUCUUGGGAACCGGUCCUAUGAUUGAGCCAAGUGCUCAUGAUAGCCUACUUGCUCCGAUUGACACGAUAGAGAUUAAGAAUGCUCUAUUUGCCAUCGGCAAUGACAAGGCACCAGGACCGGAUGGAUACUCAUCUGCAUUUUUUAAGGCAAAUUGGAACUUUAUUGGGGAUGAUAUAGUUCGGGCCAUCAAAGAGUUUUUUCGUUCAGGAAAGCUCCUUAAGCAAAUAAAUCAUACGGUUAUUGCGCUUAUCCCAAAAACGAAUCACUCACCGAAGGUGUCGGACUAUAGACCUAUAUCUUGUACGAAUGUGAUGUAUAAAAUUAUUACAAAAAUCCUUGCGGCUAGAAUAUCUCAAUGCCUUCCCGGCUUGAUUGAUUUAGCCCAAGGUGCUUUUGUUGAUGGCCGCCUCAUGUUUGAUAACAUUUUUCUUGCCCAAGAACUUGUUAGAGGAUACACGAGGAAGCGUUUCUCACCUAGAUGCAUGAUCAAGGUAGAUUUGCGUAAGGCAUAUGACACGAUCUCUUGGGAAUUUCUUAAUGAGGUCUUAAGGGGUUUGGGCUUCCCCGCUAGAUUUAUUGGGUGGAUUAUGGAGUGUGUAACCACGGCUUCAUUUUCCAUAUCUUUGAAUGGAUGUUUGUAUGGUCAUUUUGAGGGCAAGAGAGGCAUCCGACAAGGAGAUCCGAUGUCUCCGUUGUUAUUUGUCAUUUGCUUAGAAUAUUUUUCCCGAUUAAUUAAUUUGAAAACCAAAGUGUCAAAUUUUAAUUUUCACCCACAAUGUGCAAAACUUGGAUUGACUCACUUGGCCUAUGCAGAUGACUUAAUACUCUUCUCUCGGGGUGACACAUAUUCAAUUGAAAUACUUGUCAAGGCCCUUGAAGAGUUUGGGGAUGCUUCGGGCCUUAAGGUGAAUCAUGAUAAAUCAAACAUUUUUGUAGGGGGGAGUUAAUGAAAAUGAUCUCCAGGAGAUCAUGGCCCUUGUGGACUUUGGACGUGGCACAUUCCCGGUUAAAUACCUCGGAAUCCCACUUGCCCCUCUUAAGGUUUCUGUGGCGCAAUACUCACCGUUGCUUGACACAAUCUCGAAUUUUUUAAAAGCUUGGAACACGAAAACACUAUCCUAUGCCGGAAAACUCGAGUUGAUAAGAUCUGUGAUCCAAGGGGUCCAAUCUUUUUGGCUACAAGUUUUCCCGGCCCCCCAAACAAUCCUUGAUAGGAUCGUGUCUAUUUGCCGAAUUUUUCUAUGGGUGGGAAAUAUUCUAAAGUGGCUUGGGAUGACAUUUGUCUACCAAAAGAGGAGGGGGGCCUUGGCAUUCAUAAUGCCAAGAUUUGGAAUCAUGCUCUCCUCUCUCGAACACUUUGGGAUGUCCAUAGGAAGAAAGACACCCUUUGGGUAAGGUGGGUCAAUGGAGUCUACCUCAAAGGUAGGAGUGUGUGGGAUUUUAUCCCACACAAUCGUGAUUCAAUGUUCAUGAAGAAAUUGAGUCAUAUCCGGGACCACAUUUUGCGAUGUUUUAACAAUUUGAAUGAUACCAUUAUGGGCCUAAAUAGUAGAUCCUUAAAUGGUAAACUCUGUUCCGGAAAGAUCUAUGAGUUGUUGAGAAUUAAGGGAAUGCCGAGAGUGUGGAUGAGCUUCAUUUGGAAGUCUUAUAUCCCUCCGAAGUUCUCAUUCAACGUUUGGCUUGCUAUGAGGAACCGGCUACCUACACAGGAUAGCCUUGGUUACUUACAUAUUGUUAAUCGUUGUGACCUGUGCAAGGGUGGUUUGGAAACAAUACCACACCUGUUUUUUCGUUGUUCUUACGCUUGUAGGGUUUGGGAAAGAGUAAAGGGAUGGUUGGAUAUGACACGAGAAAUGACCACGCUAUUUAGCUCGGUCAAAUGGAUAUUAAAAGAUCACAAAGGAUCAAAAAUCAAGGGGAAAGCGGUCCGGAUAGCAUUUAGCGCCACAGUCUACUACCUAUGGCACGCUAGGAAUUCAAAUCGUUUUGAUGAGACAAACAUAAGGGAAGAAGACGUCGUCGCAAAAAUUAAGCAUGUGGUGUAUAAAAUACUUUUCAAUUUAUACCCGCAUGACUUGAUUACAUUUUGAGUAGAAGGCCGAGACAUGGAUAUUAUGGAUGCCGCGGAUUAGGUAGAUUGCUACAUGACUUUUGUGAAGCCGAGGUAUGGUUUGUUGGAUGCCGCGGCAUGACGACAUGAGACACUGCGGUAUGGACAUCUUGGAUGCUGCGUCAUGGAGCAUGGUUUUGGAUUAGGGUGUGUGCACUUUGCAACACCUUUGUACUUUGUGUUUUGAUUUUAUAGCCUCUGAUCUGUGUGCGAAUAAAUGCUGCUCUGAUGUAUUUUUGAACUUCUUGAUGGGCCGGGUAUUAUACCGGUUUUUUUUUGGCAUAGAAUAGAUCGAAUAAAAACCUUCUUUCACCCCGCAUUAUGUGGGGGUGGGGGAGGUUUUAGCAGAUCUAGGAUAUGCGAUGUAUAGUUUUUCUGGGUGUUAAUAUAUUUACAUUUCAUCCAAAAAAAAAUUUAGACAGCUUUUAGUGGAGAAAGUGAAGUCAAUUCGAC